AUGGCUCCAGGAGAACUUAUCCACCCCGUCAACGAGACCGACCGGCUCUUGUUGAAUGAUACUACCGGCCAUUCGCUCAAAUCCCGCAGCAAAUUAAUACAUCCGCCAUUUGCCAACCCUUCCUUACAAGUCACUGCAGACCAUAACCUCAAACAGGUCGACGCUCCUGUAUUCGCGCCCCAGGAAGGCGAGGUUUUGUUGCAGAUCAAGGCUACUGGGAUUUGCGGGUCCGAUGUUCACUUCUGGAAGACCGGGCGCAUCGGGUCUUUGGUUUUCGAGGGAGAUUGUAUAAUUGGACAUGAAGCUGCUGGGAUUGUGUUGAAAUGCGGCCCGGGAGUUAAGGGUCUAUCACCUGGCGACAGAGUGGCAGUAGAACCGGGUGUUCCCUGUGCGAACUGCUUUCUGUGCAACGAAGGCCGCUACAAUCUCUGCGAAGAUGUUCAGUUUUCCGGCGUCUACCCCUACCAUGGCACGAUGCAGCGGUACAAAGUCCAUCCGGCGAAAUGGCUACACAAACUCCCUGAUAACGUCAGCUAUGCCGAAGGAGCACUCCUCGAGCCACUUUCCGUCGUCAUGCACGGGAUUCGCUCCGCCGGACUAACUCUCGGACGAGGCGUGGUCGUCUGCGGUGCUGGUCCAAUUGGUCUGAUCGCUUUAGCAGCUGCACGUGCCUCCGGAGCCCAUCCCAUCGUCGUGACAGAUCUCGAGCCCCGUCGACUAGCCUUCGCAAAAGAGUUCCUCCCGUCUUGUCAUACCUACCAGGUCGACCCCUCGCUGGAUGCACAAGGAAAUGCAGCUGGCAUUCGUCGAUUCUUCGGCGACGAUGAAUACGUUGCUCCUGAGACCGUGCUGGAAUGCACAGGGGUGGAGAGCAGUGUCUGUACAGCGGCGUAUACGGCACGUCGAGGCGGGACUGUCAUGGUGAUUGGGGUUGGAAAGGCGAUGAUGAACAAUCUGCCCUUUAUGCAUUUGUCAUUGGCAGAGAUCGAUUUGAGAUUCAUCAACCGGUACCGAGACACCUGGGCGCCCGGAAUCGCGUGUCUAAGCGGGGGUAUUCUCGAUCUGAAGAAACUGGUCUCCCACGUCUUUCCGCUCGAGAAGGCGGACGAGGCGGUUCGGUUCUCGUCGGAUACGAAAAAUGGGAGUAUUAAGGUGUUGGUGGUGGAUGAGGUAGAAGCGACUCUAUAGGUUUUGAUAAUUGCAUAGAAUAGAUUUCUGGUGAAAGAAUAAAAUGCUAUUUGUGUGGAAAUCCGGGUUGAAGAGGUCGAAUAUUUACUGGAAACGAUAGGAUUGGCUUGGGAAUAGCUUCAUG